AUUUUUCUCGGGUUCAGCCCCCCCUGGGCCUUCCUGGGAAAUUAAAGGAGCCUCCAAUCUCUCUUUAUUUGUUAUAGCCUCCAUGGCUAAUUCUUGCAGGUCCUCUUCAGUUUGAGGGGCAUUUUUACUGUUAAUUUUAUCCACAUACUUGUUAUAGUUAGCUUCAGCUAUAGUGGCUCUAACCCGCUCUUCAGCUUUGAACAAAUCUAUUUGAUUGUCAUAAUUUUCUAGAACAAUGCCUAUAUCUUUCAUAACAGUAGACAGGUUUUCAUUAGAUUCAUUAUUCAGAAUGAGAAAAGGAUUUGGACGUGAAGUACCUUGUAGCUGAUUUUUCUCACGAGCUCUUUUGGUGGCUUUCUCAAGUAUGGGAAUUCCAUCUCUGGCAAUUCUCGAGCUGGCUCUUGUAGCUAUCACUGGAAAGUUCCUUCUACUUUUUUUCUUCCCUUUCUUGCUUAGUGCCUUCUCCCAUUCAUGUUCACCAUCUUCUUCUGUGUGAUAAAGCUCAACUUGCUCCAUUAUGUUCCCAUGCCAAUCUUCCUCAUUGUCCUCUAUUGGAAAGUCAUCGAGCAUGAGCUUCAAAUCCUGAUCCUUUUUCUCCUGGUUAGCAAGCUGAAGGUUAAUUCUUCCCCCAAAAUGAUUCAUACCAUCCAGCCCAAUACUGUUUCUGUUGACCCGACUGUUUGUAAGUGUAUUAAUCUCUUUGUUUGAGCAGAAAGUCUGAUCAUCCACUCUCUGUUUCAUCAUUUCAAUCUGAGAUUUCUCAGGAGCCACCUUGGCCCGAUCAUCCACCGAACCUUCAUUAUCCAGCACAUCCGAAAGUUGACUAUCAGAGAUGAUUUUUUGUUCUAUUUCCUUAUUAAGCAUCAAGACUUCAGAUGAGUUCACCGUAUCAGUGUGGUCUUCAACUUUUUUUAGAUCGGAUGAAAAGAAUCCUUUUGUGGGAUGAAACGCCGCAAUGGGUAUCUCAUCAUAAAUCUCUUGCAGUGUCCCCUCCACCCCAGCAUCUUCCUCCAUAUCCUCCUGAGAUUCUCCAAAACUAGAAUCUUGAUUUUUCUCUAACUCCUUCCCUUUCCUCUCAAAUUUCCCCCCUUUUUCUCAUCAUUCCUCCCAGGUCUGUUCCUGUCUUUAUCUUGAUCUUUAUCAUCUUGUUUUCUAGAUCCACUCGUCCCUGACAAGUAAGGAGAUCGAGUGCGAACUCCCUCAGCCACAACCUUCAGUUCAUAUCCCACUUUGUUGAAGAAGACUUCAAUGAAACCUUUAAUUCGAGAGGGGUCCCGACAAUCCACUUUGACUCUAGCUGGUCCCUCCUUGAUAAUACUUAGCUCAUCGACCACCACUGGCUUACCCACUAGGCUUGCUACUUCUCUUAUAAUCCCCUCCUCGCGCGCAAUGUCCGGCAGGUUGUAAAUUUUGAUCCAAACACACUGAAGCACCGAUGAAGCCAUCAGAUCUGAGUUGGCUUUGGUAACUUGAACUCUGUAACUGUAUAAAGGCAACUCAAGACUGCUCAGUUUAGCAUAUGAUUCCAGCGAGCUUUUGUCCGGAAAGGAGGCACUAAAAUCAUGUUUGUCCAUCCUCCUAACCCUGAAAUCCCAGUUAGCUUACACCAGAUUUUAAGCUCUCUGUCCAAUUUCUCUUCUGUGGGUUCCCCCUCAAGAAUGUGAAUAACAGCAUUCAACAUAUUCACCUGCACUUUUUUCUCAGGAAUAUCAAAACCAAAGAAGCCCUGCUCCGGAAUUCCAAAUCCAAACAACCUAAGUUUCUUGUUAUUUUGGCAUUCCGCCGCCAUAUGCCCAGACUCUUUACAUUUGUAGCAUAGAGGGUCAUUCGGGCAGUCAGCUUGAUGGUGUCCAGAUUGAGAGCAACGGAAGCAUCUAAUCUCCUUGACCAGACCUUCCUGGAUUUUAGAAUCCCUGCCCUGCUGCAUGCAAACUCCAAAACCAGAAGGUCUUCCCCUCUCUGAACAUGGCUGAGAGCCUUGUUCCCUAUCACGAUUUUCUUGGUUUUUGCUUCCCCUACCCCCUGUCUCAUUCCUAUCAACAGAGCGAAAACCCCCAAAGCCACCCCUAGCUGGCACAAAAUUCCCACGCCCUCUCCAGAAACCACCCCUCCGAGGAAUUUUGUUACCUGUAAAGCUUCCUUGACGAUGAUGCCCCACAUCUUGCUGAUCCUGCUCAGUGUGUUCCCCUGGGGCCCUCUGGAGCUUGGAUCGUAGGUCUUCCUCCCUGCUGAACUCCGAAUCCAGUAAGUCAUCCUCUUCCAUCCAAUCCUUUGGGGGUCGCUUCCAGCUAUUUCCCCCCGAUUCUCUUCUCCACGCCAUCCUUCCCUCCUUAACCACCUGAGAAAAGGAUCGCACAAAUGGCGUCGGUGGCUCAACUCUCUUGAUACGUCUAGCCCUUUGCCCUAGCCGGCGAACCUCUUCUGGUCUUGCCUGGUAUCCUUUACCUGAGAGAAUGUUGGACCUGGGCACCCAUAACCAUUUCGGGUUAAUGGGCCUCCAGGAAUGUCUGAACACCUGGGCCAGGGAGAGGCCCAAACAACCUUGCUUCUCCUUCCCAACUUCCAAACGACCAUCCCUGGUGGUAGAACCGACUUCCAUCUUGGAAAUCGCAAGGCCAUGUUGAGCAUCCUUGCAUGAAUGGCCUAUAUCAGUUUUUGGCUUUGCCAUCAUUCUCACCCUUGAGAAUGUGAAAUCCAAAUCGUCAUCAACCUUGUCAUCUUCAGGCCCAAACUCCAUCUCCCAACCCCUAACGGCAGCCACCGCGACCCAGCUCCAAGGACCCCUCAGCAGCGCCCAAGGAGACAACGUACCCCAAAACUUACCAAUGGGAGGGUCCUAUUGCGCAGCAUGCUGAAGACCCCAGGGAGAAAAGGCAGAGCGCUACCCACCCACAGUUAUGUCAGCAGCGACGCCCAAUCCCCCUCGACCUCGCCGUCUUCCUUGUUCGCCCAAGCGGCUAUGGCAAAUGGGGGCGGAAGCCGCUGGGGGAAGCGACAACGACGAGCAGUGGGCGGCAGGAGCGAGCCCACCGAACAGCGCGGGAACGGACGGGAACGGGAGACGUCGGGGGGGGGGGAGCGGUAGGAGGUGGGGCAGAGCGCAGACGGGGAGAAGCACGGGUGAGAGUCUGGGAGACCGAACCUCGACGGAGCGCGGGUGCUUUCGCAACGGCGCCGGCGUCGCUGAGCUCGACGAUGGCGUCGCCUUGGUUUCGCCUUCACUCGCCCAGUCGCCAAGUUAGAAACUAGGAUUAGGACGGCGUGUGCUUGCGGGUAUCAGUUCAGGAUGCCAUUGGCGAGAAGGUGCUGGAGGCAAGUUCUGUGGAGGAUUUGAUAUCAACGUUUUCACAAAGGUUCAUCAGACUGGGGAUGUAUCACUUAUGCCGGACGUAUCCGUCGAGCUUGUGUCAAACAUGAUGGAAGAGGGAAAAAAACCUUCUGUUGCAGCCAUUCAAGGUCUUGCAUUGGGUGGUGGCCUAGAGUUGACUAUGGGUUGUCAUGCUCGGAUAUCUACUCCUGAAGCUCAACUUGGAUUGCCAGAGCUAACCCUUGGCAUCAUCCCUGGAUUUGGAGGUACCCAGCGUUUGCCGAGGCUUGUAGGUCUACCCAAAGCAAUUGAAAUGAUGCUGCAAAGUAAGUUCAUUACGGCAAAGGAAGGGAAGGAACGUGGUUUGAUUGAUGCCCUUUGCUCUCCUGAUGAAUUGAUAAAGACAUCACGUCUUUGGGCUCUGGAAAUUGCUAAUUGCCGUAAACCUUGGAUGAGGUCUCUUGGCAGAACAGAUAGGCUUGGACCACUCUCUGAAGCUCGUGCUGUGUUAAAUGCAGCAAGACAGCAAGCAAUGAAGAUCGCACCAAACAUGCCACAAAACCAGGCCUGCCUGGAUGUGAUGGAGGAAGGCAUAUUAUGUGGAGGCCAAGCUGGUGUUUUGAAGGAGGCCAUGGUUUUCAAGGAGCUGGUGAUAGCACCAACAUCAAAGGCUCUUGUCCAUGUUUUCUUUGCACAACGUUCCACGACAAAGGUGCCAGGUGUAACUGAUGUUCAACUGAAACCAAGGCCAAUUAGAAAAGUUGCUGUUAUUGGUGGUGGUCUGAUGGGAUCUGGAAUUGCCACAUCACUUCUUGUUAGCAACAUUUCUGUUGUGCUCAAGGAAGUAAACCCUCAGUUUCUGCAAAGGGGAGAGAAAACAAUAGCAGGUAAUCUUGAGGGCCUGGUCAAAAGAGGUUCACUAACAAAGGAUAGGAUGCACAAGGCCAUGGCCCUUCUCAAGGGUGCUUUGGAUUAUUCAGAUUUCAAGGAUGUUGAUAUGGUUAUUGAGGCUGUUAUCGAGAAGAUUCCUUUGAAGCAAUCAAUAUUUGCUGACAUUGAGAAAAUCUGUCCAAAACAUUGCAUACUUGCAACAAACACAUCCACCAUUGAUUUGAAUGUUGUUGGCAAGAAGACAAAUUCUCAAGAUAGAAUUAUAGGGGCUCACUUUUUCAGCCCUGCUCAUAUUAUGCCCUUGCUUGAAAUUGUUCGGACGGAGAAGACAUCACCACAAGCUAUCCUUGAUCUCAUCACCAUUGGGAAGAUAAUAAAGAAAGUCCCUAUUGUGGUCGGCAACUGCACAGGAUUUGCAGUCAACCUUACAUUUUUUCCUUACACACAGGGUUCUCAUCUUCUAGUUAGUCUUGGUAUUGAUGUUUUCAGAAUUGAUCGAGUAAUAAGCACCUUUGGCAUGCCAAUGGGACCUUUUCAACUCCAAGAUGUGGCUGGGUAUGGAGUUGCCUUGGCAGUAAAGGAUAUCUACGCUGAUGCCUUUGGAGAAAGAAAUUUGGACUCUGACCUUGUGGAUUUGAUGGUAAAGGAUGGACGACAAGGAAAGGUGAACGGCAAAGGUUACUACAUUUAUGAGAAGGGUGGGAAGCCAAAGCCAGAUCCUAGUGUUAAGCAUGUUAUCGAGGAGUACCGAAAGCACGCAAACACAAUGCCUGGUGGAAAGCCUGUUACUUUAACGGAUCAAGAUAUUUUGGAGAUGAUUUUCUUCCCAGUUGUGAAUGAGGCAUGCAGGGUUAUGGAUGAAAAUGUUGUAAUUCGAGCUUCUGAUCUUGAUAUUGCUUCUGUUCUUGGAAUGGGCUUUCCUAAAUACAGGGGUGGUCUUGUCUUCUGGGCUGACACUGUUGGAGCACCUUACAUACAUUCUAAGCUAAGCAAGUGGGCUGAAAUUUAUGGCCCCUUCUUCAAACCAUCAUCAUAUUUGGAACAGCGAGCUAAGAGUGGUGUACCAUUGAGCGCACCAGGAGCUUCGCAGCAAGGUUCGGCGAGGUCACGCAUGUGAGGUGCUGUCCAGCAUUGAGCAGAAUAAUGCAGAAUACUUGCGGGAUGAGCCAUUGACGGCUGCUUCGCUGAUCAAAACACCUCCGUGAACACAAACAUGAGGCACAGAAGAAAUGAUGAAAAAUAAAGGGAUUGUAACAGUUUUGGUGCCUUUGACUGUAACUGGCAGAGUUUCUGGGGACAGAGUGGCAUGGAUUAAUUGCACCUGAUCACUCUGUAUGUCGCUGUCAUGUGUGCAAUGUUCAAUACGUACGUAAUAAAGAAUGGAAAUAUAUGCCGCAAUCA